AUGGCCGUCAACGACACCGAUCAAUCCAAUAGGCCUCACAGGGACCGUCAAUCCGGUGCCAAAUCCGCCAAGAAGAAGAGUAAGAAGAAGCAGAAACAGGAUGCGGGAGGAGAGGAUCAUAAAAACCAAAACCCUAAGGCAUUUGCCUUCUCUUCCUCCAAUAAAGCCAAGCGGUUGCAAUCACGCGCCGUCGAGAAAGAGCAGCGCCGCCUUCACGCUCCCAUCAUUGACCGCUCCUACGGCGAGCCUGCUCCAUACGUUGUCGUCGUGCAGGGUCCUCCUCAGGUUGGCAAGUCACUGUUGAUUAAAUCUUUGGUUAAGCAUUACACGAAGCAUAAUUUGCCUGAUGUUCGAGGUCCAAUUACUAUUGUGUCAGGGAAGCAAAGGAGGGUGCAGUUUGUGGAAUGUCCUAAUGAUAUCAAUGGCAUGAUAGAUGCAGCGAAGUUUGCCGAUCUAGCGCUUCUUCUCAUAGAUGGAAGUUAUGGUUUUGAAAUGGAAACAUUUGAGUUCCUAAAUAUAUUGCAAGUUCAUGGGUUCCCGAAGGUAAUGGGGGUUCUCACCCAUCUCGACAAAUUCAAGGAUGUGAAAAAGUUGAGGAAAACAAAACAACGACUCAAACAUCGGUUUUGGACUGAGAUAUAUGAUGGUGCUAAACUAUUUUACUUAUCCGGCCUUAUUCAUGGAAAGUAUGUUAAGCGCGAAGUUCACAAUCUUGCUCGAUUUAUUUCAGUCAUGAAGUUUCAUCCUUUAUCUUGGCGAACUACCCACCCUUAUGUCUUGGCUGAUCGUUUUGAAGAUAUCACUCCUCCUGAAAAAGUGCAUGCAAAUAAUAAAUGUGACAGAAAAGUCACCCUUUAUGGUUAUCUUAGAGGAUGUAAUUUGAAAAAGGGCAAUAAGGUACACAUAGCAGGAGUGGGUGAUUAUAGUUUAACUGGUAUUACUGUUUUACCAGAUCCUUGUCCUCUUCCAUCUGCUGCAAAAAAGAAAGGACUGCGGGAUAAGGAAAAAUUAUUCUAUGCUCCCAUGUCAGGACUUGGGGAUCUUUUGUACGACAAAGAUGCUGUAUACAUAAAUAUUAAUGACCACCUUGUUCAAUUCUCAAAUGUUGAUAAUGAAAACUCUGCUAUGACAAGCAAAGGAAAGGACAGAGAUGUAGGAGAGGUUUUGGUGAAAUCACUACAGAAUACCAAAUACUCGAUUAAUGAAAAGCUUGAGAACAGCUUUAUCAGUCUCUUCAGUGAAAAGCCUAAAGUGUCAUCAGAAGCUCUAGCUGAUGCACAUGGCACAAACAAUGAUGUAGAACAGAAUGAUGCUGUUAUAAUUGGUGAAGAUAAUAACACAAAGGAUUUGGAUGGUUCAGAAUCAUCUGAUCAGGAUGAAGAGGGCACCAUGAAAGACAGUGAAGCGUCUGGUUCUGACGAGGAAGAUUCCCCAAAUAGUAAUGCUUUGAGUGGAGACCACAUACAAGAACAUAUUGAGUUUCAUGAUGGAAGACGAAGGCGAAGAGCAAUAUUUGGAAAUGAUAAUGAUCAAAGUGAUCUGAUGGAUUCAGAAGGAGACGAGGAUGGUGCUGCCAGUGAUGAUCUUGCAUCUUCUGAUUCAGAAUCUUCGGAAGAUGAGGAAGACCAUAAUGAUAAUGAUGACACAAAUGAAGAUGGCAUGGGUAAUGUUUCCAAGUGGAAAGAGUCUUUAGCAGAAAGAACUCUCUCACGGAAAACUCCUAGCUUGAUGCAAAUUGUGUAUGGGGAAUCUACUAUUGAUUCAAUCACUACAGACACAGAGAAUGGUAAUAGUGGAGAUGAGGAAAGUGAUGAUGACUUUUUUAAGCCCAUAGAAGAAGUGAAAAAGCAAAACAUUAGAGAUGGAUUGAAUGAUGACGGAGUAGUCAACACUGAGGAUUGUUCCAAGUGUACCCAAUUUGUGCAUCAGAGAUGGGAUGAGGAGAUGAUUCGAAACCGCUUUGUGUCUGGCAAUUUGGCAAAAGCUGCACUCAGAAAUGCAUUGCAAACAGCUAAUACUGAAGAGGAAAAUGAUGAUGUCUAUGGUGACUUUGAAGAUUUGGAAACAGGAGAAAAACAUGAGAACUAUCAGACAGAUGAUGCUCUUGCAGCAACAAAACUUAAGGAAGAUGUUUCUGAAGCUGAGGAGCGGAGACUUAAGAAAAUUGCUCUCCAUGCAAAAUUUACAGUAACUACUAUAUAUUGUUACCUUAAUUUUUUAUUUACAUUUGACGGUGACUCUGGGUCAGCAGAGGAAGACUCUGGUAAGGAAAAUGGACACAAGGUCCAUCGUGGUCAACCUAAUGAAAGUACCUAUUUUGACAAGUUGAAGGAGGAGAUUGAACUCCAGAAACAAAGGAAUAUAGCUGAACUCAAUGAUCUUGAUGAAGAUACCCGAUUGGAGAUAGAAGGCUUCCGAACAGGAACAUACCUAAGAUUGGAGGUUAAUGAUGUUCCUUGUGAGAUGGUUGAAUACUUUGAUCCCUACCAUCCAAUAUUGAUCGGAGGGGUUGGUAUAGGGGAGGAUAAUGUUGGAUAUAUGCAGACGAGGUUAAAGCGGCAUAGGUGGCACAAGAAAGUUUUGAAGACUAGAGAUCCAAUUAUUGUAUCUGUUGGAUGGAGGCGUUACCAGACAACUCCAGUUUACGCCAUUGAGGAUAGUAAUGGAAGGCAUCGUAUGCUAAAGUACACUCCAGAACACAUGCAUUGCCUUGCUAUGUUUUGGGGACCUCUUGCUCCUCCCAACACUGGGGUUGUAGCCGUUCAGAAUUUAUCAAACAAUCAGGCAACAUUUAGGAUUACUGCCACUGCAGUUGUUCUUGAGUUUAAUCAUGCAGCAAGGAUAGUGAAGAAAAUCAAAUUGGUUGGUUAUCCAUGCAAAAUAUUCAAGAAGACAGCACUUAUCAAGGAUAUGUUUACUUCAGAUCUUGAAGUAGCUAGAUUUGAAGGUGCAGCUAUUCGAACAGUCAGUGGGAUUAGGGGGCAGGUCAAGAAGGUUGCAAAAGUAGAGAUAGGUAAUCAAGCACAAAGGAAGGGUGGGCAAAUUAAAGAAGGAAUUGCUAGGUGCACUUUUGAAGAUAAAAUCCUGAUGAGUGACAUUGUUUUCCUGCGGGCAUGGACUCAAGUUGAAGUUCCUCAGUUUUAUAAUCCAUUGACAACUGCAUUGCAGCCUCGUGAAAGGACCUGGAAAGGAAUGAGAACCGUUGCAGAAUUGAGAAGAGAAAACAAUCUUCCUGUUCCUGUAAAUAAAGAUUCACUUUACAAGAAAAUUGAAAGAAAACCUAGAAAGUUCAAUCCAUUGGUGAUUCCCAAGUCUCUUCAAGCAAGUCUUCCUUUUGCAUCAAAACCCAAGGACAUACCCAAGCGGAAGAAGCCCUUACUCGAAGAAAGAAGGGGAAGAGGUGUUGUCAUGGAACCUCGAGAGCGCAAAGUUCAUGCUCUUGUUCAACACCUCCAGUUAAUAAAUAGUGAGAAGAUGAAAAAACGAAAGCUUAAGGAAGAUAAGAAAAGGAAAGAACUUGAAGCAGAGAGAGCAAAAGAUGAGCAAUUGUCGAGAAAGCGCCGGAGAGAGGAAAGGCGUGUGAAAUACCGGGCACAAGACAAGCAGAAUAAGAAAAUUCGUAGAACAGAGGUUUGA